AAGUGGGAGAGGACUCUUGUUUUCCCAGCUCUCCGGAUUGCUGUACAGGGAAUCGACGACGACAACAGGGGGAGAAAACAAAGACGGGGCAAACUAAACAAACAGCUUAACCGUCCUGGCUUGUCACAAGCUGUUUUUAAAUACAUCCCCCUUUGCUGAAGAGAGCCUUUCACAAGUCUCUGUGCCCGUGUGUGUGUGUGUGUGUGUGUGAGUCUCUCUCUCGCCCUCUCUAUGUGUGUGUCUGUCCUUUUAAGAGGUUUUCUCCCCUCUGCUUGGAGCUGACUUUUUUUUGUUUCAUGUAGCGACCGGCUGGAUACCCACAAGAGUCUAUUGGCCGUUCAAUCUGCAAUGACUUUGGGAUCAGAAAUGACAGAGAGGGCGCUUGGUUUUGAAGAGGCGGACAUUGAUGUAGUUGGCGACGGGAGAGACUCCACGCACCAGGGAUCGCCAGAAUGCAAGCUCUCGGAAGAGGACCGCCCGGAGAGCAGCCUCUCCUCCGAGGCUCCGGAUGUUAGGGAGGUGAAGGCUUCGGCCAAGAACCCGCUGGUAAAGCCUCCCUACUCGUACAUCGCCCUCAUCACAAUGGCUAUCUUGCAGAGCCCGAAGAACAGGCUGACGCUGAGCGAGAUCUGCGAGUUCAUCAGCAACAGGUUCCCCUACUACAGGGAGAAGUUUCCAGCCUGGCAAAAUUCCAUUAGGCACAACCUGUCCCUCAACGACUGCUUCGUCAAGGUACCCAGAGAGCCUGGGAACCCCGGCAAAGGAAACUACUGGACCCUGGACCCCAACUCCGCCGACAUGUUCGACAACGGGAGCUUCCUGAGGAGGAGGAAGAGGUUCAAGCGGCAGCAGCAGAUUGGGAUAUUGAGGGAGCACGGGAACCUCAUCCCAGGAUUCGGCCUCGGACCUUAUGGCUACGGCCUCCAGUUUCCAAGCAGCGGGCACUCGGCGCUGGCCUUCCACCACCACUGCCCCCUCCCAGCUCCGGCCAGCCUGUUCCCCUCCCUCUCCGCCCUUUUCCAAGGGGGUGACUCGAACCGAAAACCGUUCCCACCUCCGCUGAGCCCCGAACCGUCGGGUCCGGGCCCGCUCAAAGUGGAGGCGUCCUCUUCGCUCACCGCCUUCUCCAUAGACAACAUCAUCAGCGCCGGUUCGCCUCCGCUCUACCCCCGGGCAGGGCAGCCCCCGGUGCUUCCCGUGAUCUCGGCCCUCCUGUCCCCCUCCCAGAACUUGUUGGACACGAAUUAUGACCACUUGGAACAAGGGGCCGACCUGGCGUGCAAAAUCAUCCAGCUCCGCACCCGUCAUUACUGAAAAGAGCAUCAGGAAACAGCGAGGGCGAGAGCAAGUCCUGCAAUCUUCAUUCAAAUACUUCUGGCCAGUCGGGAGCACAGAGAUAAAUGGUUUGAACAUCUUACAUCAAUACAAUCACAAGUCCUUCUGUACAUGAAUCUAUGUAAAUAUUGUAAUUGUAACGACAA